AUGGGGAAACACAAGUCCUUGAUCAAGGAUUUUAAACCUAAGAAAAAAGCUGCCAAACAACAGGCACCAGUCACAGCUGAUGACUUCCUUGCUGCUGGGGUUGAGCUAGAAGAGGCUGGGGAGAAAUGGCGGGCCGGAGAUGCCGCUAAAUCCAUGCGCUUCUUUAUGCGCGCCAUUUCCAACUAUGACGAGGGUUUGCAAAAACAUCCACUGGCCUUUGACUUGGCUUACAACAAAGCUCGUGUGCAAUAUGAAAUCACUCAGCAUCCCAAGCUGGCUGCACAGCUUCCCGCCCCUCAGGCCGACAUUCUCCAGGUUGCGCUGCAGUCCCAUCGGGAUGCCUUAAGAUUAGACCAGGAUAAUGCGGAUGUCCUUUUCAACAGCGGGCAGGUGCUAAACAGUCUGGCAGAGAUCCUGUCCGACUCCAAGCACCCCGGGGAGGAGCAAUUGAUGCAGGCCAGCACUUAUUUGCAAGAGGCCAUUGAAUUAUUCCAGAGAUGCCUGGUGUUGCAGGAGAUGAAGUACUCUGAGAUGCAAGAACAGAUCGAAGAAAUGCAAUCAUUCGACCCAUCAUCUCAGGCUCCGGAGCCAACCCCACAGCCAGAACAAUCUCAACCCGACCAGGCAGAGUCCAACGAUGAUCCACAAGAGCAGUGGGCUGCAAUUGUCGAACCCGUCACCAAGAACACGCUAGUGGACACCGCAGUGGCACAGAUCAACACCUUGACCAAUCUCUGCAAUUUAUUGACAUUCAACCCUGAUGCUGGUGGCGUGGGCUGGGUGCAAGAGUAUUCUACGGGCUUGAUUCAAACCCGACUUCCAGCAUAUGUGGAAGGUUCGGAUAGGCAGUAUGAAGCGGGCUUAGCACGCGGUAAAUUCAUUUGUGCCUUGCAUGAUGUACUCUACCGGGGUGGACAUACCGAUGUCCAGACCUACCGACAAGAAGUCGGGCAGGCCUUUGGCCCGGACUUGGAUGUAUCGGAGGAUCCCGAGGGACUUUGCAGCAAAGCUGAGGCUCUGACAUCGAUGAAUGGAGCCUUUGCCGAUGUCCCUCCUUAUGAACCUGAAGAGCUCAAAACUUCUCUAGGUAUUCGCUGGCAAUCACUAUCGAUCGCCCUGGAUGCAUUGACGGCAGCAUCAAAAUUACCCAGUGCCGACAAUUUACCCAAAAUUCAUCUCGCGAGAGGAGAUGUCGAAAUGCACCGCUGGCGAUUGGGAACAGAACCAUGGAACCAUCCCAUCGCCCAACAGAAUGGGGCUAUGCUUGUGCGGAACGCUCAGACCUAUUACCGAGGAGCAGCCGCCCUAGCGCGCCGAGAUGGAGCAGCGGACGAAGAGCGUGAUGGAUCGUACAAGGAGGCAAUUGCAGCUGCACUGGAAGGGGAAAAGAGCAAGCUGGACCAGCUCAAAGCCCAGGGCUUGGAGAAAUUGAUAGGCGUGGCCCAGGAAAUGGUGGAGGACGGGUUGGUUGAGGGAACUAUGUUGAGUACCUUGAUCUCAUAA